AUGGGCUCCAGCGCAAGCAAAGUCAAAGAGCCGCUGGGAUCGUACUGCUGGUCGGACCUCCCGCUUGAUCUUGCGGGCAUCAUCCUACUCCGGCUGCACACCCACGCAGACAACGUCCGCUUCGGCUCCGUCUGCCGGCACUGGCGCUACGCCGCGAGGCUGCUGCACUCGCCCCCGCCGCUCCCCUGGCUCAACUUCCGCGACGGCACCUUCGAGAGGCUCGCGGACGGCAAGCGUCACGGUCUCCGCUUGGAGGCUUACGAGCAGUGCCGAGGGUCCUUCGACAACUGGCUGCUGCUGGAGGACGUGAGAGCCGGGAGGCGCAGCCACUACCUGAAGAACCCUCUCACCGGAGACGUGGUAAGGCUCCCGGGCCAGUGCAAGGAGCCCGUCCGCCGUGGCGGCGACGUGGACGCGCGCGUGGUGCCUCCCAGCUCCACGACCUUCCACCUCCGGAAGGUGGUCAUGUGCGCGAACGGGCUCAUCGCCGCCAAGAUCAGCUACCACGAGCUCCCGGACGUGGUGGUGUUCUGCUGGCCGGGCAUGUCCUCGUGGCCGGCGGGCAUAUGCAACGGGACAUGGUACCACGACAUUGCCCGUUACGAGGGGAAGAUGUACGCCGUGAGCAGGAGAGGCGACCUGUACGAGCACGAGCUUAGGAGGGACACGAGCACCGGGGAGCCCGUGGUGACGCGUGUCGAACGAGUCAUCCUGGCGCCGGUCUCGGCGGAAGGGUUUCCCCCGGAGGCGGUGAGCACCUUGGACGGGCCUUACGCGGCUGUUGUGUGUGCCAGGACAUGCUAUCUUGUUGUAUCACGGGGCAAGUUGCUCAUGGUUCGAUGGAUCGUUCCUUAUGCCUCCGCCUCCGCCAGGGACUGGGCAGACGCCAUGGCGUUCAAAGUGUUCGAGGCAGAUCUGGAGAUGUCCCGGUGGGUACAGCUGGAGAGCUUGAACGAUCGAGUACUCUUCGUUAGCCACGACUGCUGCAAGGCCAUCAGUGCCGGCGACCAAUUUAGAGGAGACCAGAUAUAUUUCGUCGACUACGGCCUUGAAUUCUGGUGCAUUUGGCCAACAUGUAGCAAAACUAGUACAUGCGGUGUGUAUGACAUGAGAAGCAACACCAUCUCUCCGGUCUCAGCGCGCACCACGGAUCAAACCAAGGCGGCGUGGUUCUUCCCAUCCAUCAAUGACAGAUGA